UGUCACGAAUUUUGACAGUUCCCGGAAAAAUACUUUUUUUUUUGUAUUUCUCUCAGAGUUUGUCAUGUAUAGUGCAUUGUAAUUAGUGUUAGCAAGACAGGUAAAUGUAAUUGCAUUAAUUGGGCAGGAAGCGAGCACACAGAACGUAGAGUCUCCUGUUUGGUGAAAACGUGAAAAUAGGGGUGGAUAAAGAUGGCCCAGGGCACAACACUACAAAAGGCCAUAGAAUUAGUGACUAAGGCAACAGAGGAGGACAGGAACAAGAACUACGAGGAGGCCCAGAGGCUGUACGAGCAUGGUGUCGAGUACUUCCUGCAUGCGAUCAAAUACGAGGCCCAGGGGGAUAAGGCCAAGGACAGCAUCAGGGCCAAAUGCUGCCAGUACUUGGAGCGGGCCGAGAAGAUUAAAGCAUCUCUGAAGAAGGGCCACAAGAAGCCCAUCAAGGAUGGGGAAUCUGAAUCAAAGGAUGAUAAGAAGAGCGACAGUGACAGUGAUAGUGAUGAUCCGGAGAAGAAGAAGCUGCAGAGUAAACUGGAGGGAGCCAUAGUUGUGGAGAAACCGCACGUAAAAUGGUCGGAUGUAGCAGGAUUGGAUGCAGCGAAGGAGGCGUUAAAAGAGGCCGUAAUUCUACCAAUCAAAUUCCCGCAUCUCUUCACUGGAAAGAGGAUACCCUGGAAAGGAAUUUUACUGUUCGGUCCUCCAGGAACUGGUAAAUCUUACCUGGCGAAAGCCGUCGCGACGGAAGCGAACAACUCCACGUUCUUCUCCGUCUCCUCUUCCGAUUUGGUGUCCAAAUGGUUGGGUGAAUCCGAGAAGUUGGUGAGGAAUCUGUUCGAAUUGGCUCGAGCUCACAAACCGAGCAUCAUCUUCAUCGACGAGGUGGACUCGCUCUGCUCAUCGCGUUCGGAAAACGAGUCCGAGUCUGCUAGACGGAUCAAGACCGAGUUCCUGGUGCAAAUGCAGGGCGUCGGCAACGAUACGGACGGUAUCCUGGUGCUGGGCGCCACGAAUAUCCCGUGGGUUUUGGACGCGGCCAUCCGCAGACGUUUCGAGAAGAGAAUCUAUAUUCCGUUACCAGAGGAGCACGCCCGUCUCACCAUGUUCAAGAUUCACUUGGGCAAUACACCGACGCAGUUGAACGAGGAGGAUCUGAAGGAGCUGGCGAGCAAGACGGAAGGAUAUUCCGGAGCGGAUAUUAGUAUCGUCGUGCGGGACGCUCUCAUGCAGCCGGUGCGUAAAGUGCAAACGGCGACGCAUUUCAGGUACGCCACAGGUCCGAGUCCGAAGAACAAGGAUAUCAUCAUGGAUGAUCUGCUCACUCCGUGCUCUCCCGGCGAUGACGGAGCCAAGGAGAUGACUUGGAUGGACGUCGACGGGGAUAAACUCUUGGAACCUCCAGUCACGAUGAGAGACGUGAUUCGCUCGUUGGCAACCUCCAAACCUACAGUGAACGACGAGGAUCUGAAGAAAUUGCAAAAGUUCACAGAAGAUUUCGGCCAGGAAGGUUAAUAAUUACAGCACCAAAUACCGAAAUUAUUAUUUAACGAUGAGAAGUCGAAGAAGCGAAAAAAAUACAUCAAUUCUGCUUAAUUUCAACUGAAGAUGAUUACUACUUAUAAUUAAAUACAUUAUUAUUUUU